AUGCCGUGGAUUUCAACAACGAGCAGUUUGAGGUCAUCAAGUCCUGCACCAGACGAUGAUGAGAUUGAAAGAGUCACACAAGACGGUCCCGUGUGUUCCGAUGGGAGCGUGUACCUGUACCUGUUUGCGAUUUGCGACUGUCACCUGUGCCAAGCAUGGCUUUGGAGCAGCACGUCGGAGCCGGGAGAGGUGCAGAAGGAGAUGCCGCCUGCAGCAUCGGGUCGGAGUCUUCGAAAAAAGCUCCAGAUGCUGUCAUGCAACCAGAUUGUGAAACCUGUGAAUGUGGCAGCUUGCUCGCCUAGAAAUUGUUGA